CCAUCCAAUUCCCCUGCUCUCUCACCUUCUCUUUAGUAACCUCACUUCAUUAAGCUAUUAUUUUCACUGUCCAUGGCUUCCUCUGUUCUCUUCUUCCUUCUCCUAGUCUCUUUGCUCUCCAAUUCAGAAGCAAGGAGACUCACCGAAUCAGACCAGACUCAGCAAUUAGCUUUCCAGUACCACAAUGGUCCUCUUCUCUCAGGUCCACUCUCUGUUAACUUGAUUUGGUACGGUGACUUCAAACCUUCCCAGCGAGCAAUCGUCUCCGAUUUCAUUUCCUCCAUUUCUUCGUCGUCCAAGGCCACCGUGGCUCAGCCUUCCGCGGCCACAUGGUGGAAAGGCGUCGAGAAAUAUUACCAGCUAGGAAAGAAGUCAUCUUCCCUUUCUAUUUCUUUGGGUACGCAGAUCCUUGAUGAGAGUUACUCUUUGGGCAAAUCUCUCACGAACCAGCAGAUUGUGCAAUUUGCGUCAAAGGGUUCCGAGCAAAACGCAAUCAAUGUAGUGUUGACGGCGGCCGAUGUGGCUGUGGAAGGGUUCUGCUCCAGCAGGUGUGGGACUCAUGGGUCUGCAAUGGGGUCUACCAAGCGAUCCAAAGGAAGCUCAAAACUCAAAUCAACAUUCGAAAGGGAAAACGAUAGUAUUGUACAAAAUAUUAUGCAGGAGAUUCUUUGAUUUUUGUAACGCAGUUGUAUAAUGAAAUUGAAGAAGUAUAUAUUUUUUUCCAAUUAUUACUCCCCUUGUGCAUUAUGAAUUUUCAUCAAUUUUUGUAAUUUUGAUUAUAUUAACCAUUGCCUAAUGAACAUUAUCAUUAAAG